GUUCCUCCAAGGCCUAUUAGCAGUGCCUCCGUCAACCGUCAGCCCGAGUUGUUCCAUCUACCAUGUUAUCGCGUUCUUUUCGUGUCGCUGGUCUUGCGGAACGUAGGCUGACCUCGCUGAACAGGUCCCGUCUAUUGAGGUCGUUCGCUAGUUCCUCGAGUAAUCACGAGCAGAGGGAUCAGGUCCCGAAGCCGGGAACUGACGACGACAAAGGAAAGGCAAAGGCCGACGACGCAGAUAACAAACGGGCGGAGGCCCCUCAGGAACUACCUAGAGGAUUGGAGGGCUUUUUCCAGCGCUAUCAGCAGUCCAAACAGAGGCAGCAAUGGUCAUCUAAGCAGUCGGAUACACAGGAAGAUGAACAACCUCGCGUUAAACCCCCACCCCAAGGCGGGAGCAACAACAACUUCAAUCCUAAUCAGCUAGCGCUCCUUGUUACUUCCGCCGUCAUCUUUUAUGCCCUCAGUGGUUCCUCGGGGUCGCAGUCGAGGGAGAUUACUUGGCAAGAGUUCAGAACCGCGUUUCUCGACAAGGGUUUGGUCGAAAAACUCAUAGUCGCCAAUCGACAGAAAGUGCGGGUCAAAUUACAUUCAAACGCAGCGGGCAGUAUGUACUCCCUAGGGGGUAGCGACUACUGGUUCUCCAUCGGCAGCGUAGAGGCAUUCGAGCACAAGCUCGAGGAAGCUCAGGAUGAGCUCGGAAUUCCCCCUAGCGAACGAAUACCAGUCGCCUACCACGACGAGAUCUCAACAGUUCAUACCCUUCUCAAUUUUGCUCCUACUCUCCUUUUUGCAGGCUUACUCUUCUACAUGAGUCGCAGAGCUGGGUCGUCCGCCGGUGGUGGACCCGGAGGGAUCUUCAGCAUCGGUAAAAGUAGAGCCCGACUAUUUAACCAGGAUACGGACGUCAAGAUCAAAUUUAAAGACGUUGCUGGGAUGGACGAAGCGAAGGAGGAGAUUAUGGAAUUUGUGAAGUUCUUAAAGGAGCCUGGAAAGUACGAGAAGCUCGGUGCCAAAAUUCCUCGUGGCGCAAUACUUUCUGGCCCUCCGGGCACGGGGAAGACGCUAUUGGCAAAAGCCACUGCCGGAGAAGCAUCAGUUCCCUUCCUCUCUGUCUCUGGGUCCGAGUUCGUUGAAAUGUUCGUUGGUGUCGGCUCCUCCCGCGUCCGUGACUUGUUUGCGUCUGCCAAGAAAAAUGCUCCUUGUAUCAUCUUCAUUGACGAAAUCGACGCGAUUGGAAAGUCGCGAGGGAAGUCGGCAAGCUUCGGAGGUAACGACGAGCGAGAGUCUACUCUCAACCAGUUGUUGGUUGAAAUGGACGGAUUUGGCACACAAGAACACAUCGUAGUGCUGGCUGGCACCAACCGUCCUGAUGUACUCGACCCUGCUCUUAUGCGUCCUGGCCGCUUCGACCGGCACAUCACCAUUGAUAGGCCAGACGUGUCGGGACGUAAGGGUAUUUUCAUGGUCCAUCUCAAACCCUUACGCCUUGCUCCGGACAUUUCGGACAUGCCCGUUCUUGCCCAGAAGCUCGCUGUCCUCACACCUGGUUUUUCUGGUGCAGACAUUGCAAACGUUUGUAACGAAGCUGCACUGCAUGCCGCUCGGAAGGGCCACGAAUACGUCACGGACGGGGAUUUUGAGAGUGCCAUUGAGCGGGUUAUAGCUGGUCUCGAGCGGAAGAGUAGGGUGCUCAGUCCCGAAGAGAAGAAGAUUGUUGCGUACCAUGAGGCUGGACAUGCCGUGUGUGGCUGGUUUUUACAACAUGCGGACCCUCUCCUGAAAGUCAGCAUCAUCCCCCGUGGAGUAGGUGCAUUGGGUUACGCACAGUACCUUCCUCCGGAUCGCUACCUGCUUUCCACACCACAAAUGAUGGAUCGUAUUUGCAUGACUCUAGGUGGACGAGUCUCAGAAGAAAUUUUCUUUGGCGCCGGGAAUAUCACUACUGGCGCCCAAGAUGAUCUCCAGAAGAUCACGCGAAUGGCAUUUGAGGCAUGCGCCAACUACGGUAUGAACAACAUAAUUGGCCCUGUCAGUUAUGGUGGUCGAGAAGGGCAGAAGGAGAGUUGGACGAAGCCUUUCAGCGAGAAGACUGGCGAGAUGUUGGACGCCGAAGUUCGGAAAAUGAUCAUAACUGCUCAUCAACGGACUACAGAGCUCCUUACUCAACAUCGUGAGGACGUUGAGAAGAUUGCCAAGCGACUUUUGGAGAAAGAGGUCCUUACACGGGAAGAUAUGAUCGACCUUCUUGGGAAGCGCCCUUUUGCUAACCAAGCGGAUGACAUGGACAAAUGGCUCGAUCAACACCGUGGACAUGAGCGUAGCGCUCCUCCUCCAAUUGAGGAAUCUGAUUCAGCACCUGGAGAUUCAGUGCCUUCGCCAGUCGUGACUUAUACGAGGAUAGGUGACUGCAGGCUCAGAUAAAGAUUCAACCUAACCACCUCAGUCUCGCGUUGCAGAGCCGCCAUCUGCCUUAGAUAUCAUCCGCAGUGAACAUCGACACACUAAAACUCUAUUGUAAUUCGUGCCGAAAAAAAAAAACCGCUCCAUUCAAUUUCCCCUGGUCCUGCUCACCUAGUGCGCCUUGUCUGC